AACGUACAUUCUUAAUUCUCUCAGGAUUUUAGCCAAGAAAUAUUCCUCAAAAACCAAAUCAUAUAUUUUCUCUUGUGAUCAGCAAGUCCUAAAGUUUAGUUUGUAGACUAAACUCUCAAAAAGAAAUGGGUAUAUUUGCUGGAUUUGGUAGCAGGAUCAACCAGAACAAUGAAGAGCCUCGUAAGGCCGAGCCAAACAGAUCUGAAAAUGUUGAAUCUAAGUCCGAGUCAGAAACGGAUGAUGACAAUGACCAAGAUAAGAUGAAGAAAUACUAUGACGAAGAUGAGGUGGAGAGACAAGCUCAACUUUGGAUAGAUGCAGAAAAGAAGCAUAUAUGGCAUGAUGCCCCUCCAAAGGUGAAGGUGACAACAAAAAAAGGUCUUUGCCAUAUGAAGAUAGAUUUGACAGUGGGAUUUCCUCCUGAUAAAGUCUUCGGAAUAAUCACUGCCGGAUCAUUUUUUCUCAACCCACCUCUGACAAGCAACUCAAGAAAAGUUUUGAGGGAGGAUGGACCGAGGCAAAUCGCGAAGGUGGUGAAAACCGUGGACUGGGAAUUCCUUGGGUCGUCUUUCGAUAUCCCUAUAAGUCUAAUCGUCGAUGAAAACAGGAAAGAUCUUAUAACAAAAUAUAAGAAAAAGAGAAUGAUGAUGAUGAAAGUGUUCAAAGGUAGCUAUAAAGUGGAACCACUAUACGUAGAUUCAGAACGCUUAUGCAAACAGAUGGAGCCGAAGAGUCCGGAAGAAUACAAAAGAUGUAGCCGUGGACAAGGAAGGAUUGCCUCGAAGGUGAUAUUGAACCAAUACUUUCAGCCAUAUCCUCCUUUUAAUCUGCCGCCGUUAUCUAAGUACAUUCGUGAUGUUACCAUCAAGAACACUGUAACUGCGCUUAAAACACUUCAAAGUUGGGGUAUAAACUUUCGAAGUCCUGGUAUAGUGACUUCAAUGGACGAAAAUGGAAACGUGAUAAGAUCAUCACCAAAAAAAAAGGAAAAACAAACAAACGUUGAAAGCACUUAGACCAGUUAAAUGAAUGCUAUGUUGUAAGUUGUAAAAACCCAUUUAUUAUAGUCUUCUACUCGUUUCAUUUUAACAAAGAAAACUCUAGUCGA